UCUUUCCUUCUUUUCUCUCUCCACGUUUCUUCUUUUUCCUCUCACUCUCAGUAUUCUUUUUUCUUCCUUUCUCUCUUUCCUCUUUUCUUCACAUCCACACUUACACACAAAAAAAUAUCUAACAUAAAAUAUAUUAAAUUUCUUUCCUCAAAAAACUCACUCUUUCUCUACUAUUCAUAACCUUUCCCCAUCUUUCUCCUUUUCCCUCACGUGCACUUUUUCUUUUCUUCCUCCUUCACAUCAAUUUCUUCUGCUACACCAAUGUUCAUCAUCAUCUCUUUCACUCACACCUCACAUCUCUCACAUCUCUCACAACUCUCACUCCAAAAAAAUUAAAAAAAAUAUAAAAACUUAAACCUCUUUUCUUUCUCUUCACCCUUUAACGCCAUAUAACUAUCAUCAUAUCUUCUCUUCCCUCACCACACCUUAUCACUCAAAAAAAACUAAAAAAAGAAACUUCAUAAACAAAAACAUCAUCACUCUAAAAACUUCAAGCUUCAUAAAACAACAACAACACCAUCACUCAAAAUCUUCAAGCUUCAUAAACCAAACAGUUCCAUUAUCACCAUCAUCCACAGUUUAAACACACAACUCCAUCACCACGAAAUAUAGUGAAACCGACGGUUCAAACACGUCAUCGCCAUUUUACGACAUCGCCGAAAAACUUGCCAUUCCGUCUCCACUUGCGAAAACGAGCUUUGACUUGGCAUUCAGAAGACAUGGGUAGCAAUCAAAAAAGUACUUAUUCAUUCAAGUUCAGAAAUCCAAAGCUAGGAUUGAUUAAGGGGUUGAUCUCAGAUGUGAAAAAAAUCAGAAGGAACAACUUUUGUGUUGAGUAUGGUGACCUGUUGACUAUCAUGAACACCGAGGUGGAUGCUUGGGCCAUUUUCACUUUGGCACAAUUCUAUGAUCCUCCCUUGCGGUGUUUCACAUUCCAGGACUUCCAGUUGGCGCCAACACUUGAAGAGUUCUCACAUAUAGCAAACAUUGGUAUCAAGGAUGAAAUCCCUUACACCGGUCUAGGGGAACUUCCUACACAUCAACAAAUAGGUUCAGCUAUACGUCUAGAUAAAGCGGAAGUGAAAGCUAAUCUUGGACCAAAAGGAGGCACUUCAGGUUUCACUUUGAAGUUCUUAGUGGGAAAAGCUUCAGAUUUCAAAAGUAAAGAAGAUUGGGUCGCUUUCAAUGUUGUGUUAGCCUUGAUACUCUAUGGGAUUGUCUUGUUCCCGAACAUUGAUGACUUCGUGGACAUGACUGCUAUACGCAUUUUCUUGCUCAAGAAUCCCAUUCCCACCUUGCUUACAGAUGUUUAUCACUCUAUCCAUUGGAGAAAUGAGAAGAAGGGGGGGAUGAUCCAGUGUUGCGCUCCUUUACUGUAUAAAUGGUUCUUAUCUCACUUACCAAGCGAAGGGCCUUUUAUUCAGAACAAGGAUAACCUCAAGUGGUCUCAAAAAAUCAUGUCUCUCACUGCCAAUGACAUCGCCUGGUACUCUCGUGUUUAUGAUGAUGUGGACAUAAUCGUCAAAUGUGGCAACUUCCAUAAUGUGUCACUCAUAGGAACUCGAGGUUGCAUCAAUUACAAUCCUGAGCUUGCUAUGCGGCAACUUGGGUUUCCUAUGAAUGACAAACCAGAAGACAAGUUGUUAGAAGGUUUCUUGCUGGGAGAAGGAGUGAAGGACGUUGAUCUGGUGAAGAGGAUAGGUCGUGCCUGGACUAAAGUUCGUAGAGAAGGAAAAAGGGAGCGUGGAAAGAAGAAUUGUAUGGCUAGAGGGCAUAUACAAGUUGGGUCCAAGCCAGAGCUUCUCAAGACAAACUACCAUACCCUUAUGAGCCUCCAAUGCAUAUAAAUCCUCCAGAACCUACUCACGUCACUAUGGAGGAAGCUAAAGAGCUCAAAGUUGUCAUCCAAAGUUUGGAAAAAGAGAAUGAAGAGCUACGGUUGAACCUUCUCCGGAUUACUGAAGAAAGGGAUAAUCAUAAGUGGGAGCUUGGGCGGAAGAAAACACAACUUCAAGCAAAUGUGGAAAGGACUGAUAAGGAGGAAUAUAAGAGAAAAAGAGUCAAACAGGGGUUAGAUCAGGCUGAGAGCUGUUUGAAUACCGUCAAAAGCCAACUAAAAGAGGCUGAGAGGGAUUGUCGUGAGAAAGAGAAAUGGUGGAAGCUCGCCACAAAACAAAAGAAGGAGAUAAGAGAGACACUUGAGGCUGAGAUAGCCAACCUCAGUGUUUCACUCCGUGAAUCAAAAGAAAGGGAAGAACGAGAACGCCGCAGUAAAGAGAGUGAUAUGGCUGCUACUCAGGUUACACCUGAAAUGUGAAAUGGAAAGUGCCAGGAGGCUGAAAAUGCUAAUGAGUGGGAACGAUACUGGAAAGGCCGACAUGACUCUUUGCUACAAGAAGGUGAAGAUUGGAUGAACGCAGGGGCAAAUGUGAAUGCUAGUUUGGCAGCCUUCGAGGAAACCAUCCAGUUUUUACAUGAACAAAGAAAUGAGUAUCGAGACAAGUUUGCCAGUUUGAUAGACUUCUGUAAUGGCAUGGCUACGAAUGUGCCUUUGAUGCUAAGAUGUGCUUUGGAAGACAUAGACAAUGACAAUAUCCCUCGUUCAGUGACUGAAUUUAUUUAUCUUUGUGAAGACAUGAUAAAAAGGUUCAAAGGAGAGUUAGAAGAUCUCAACAAACAGAAGCCUGCAGU